GUAGUAGGGCGUGCGCCGGAUAGGCGCCCGCCUCUGAAGCGUUCAACGACAGUUUAUGUAGUCGGGGAAGGUCAGGGAGAUGGCUAAUCGGGAGGAGGGUUCAGGAUUGCUACAAAGGCAAGGACAACGGGAGGAACACAACCCACCGGGAGAGGAACUCCAGAUGUCUGAGGAAGACCGAAUCAGAAUCCUCAUUGCUAAAUGUUACGAGGAUGGCGUCUUCCCGGAGAGGAUGCGUCACGGGGAAUUUGUCGUGGAGAACGGGAUCCAGGUCUUCAAGGUAAACCCGCAAAUAGACCAGUUGACAACUGCCUGGCUCAAAGAGCGUACGGUCACGGUCGUUUUUCAAGGGGCUGCAAGAGACUUAUCAGUGAAAACGCGGGAGGACCUCAUACGGGCGUAUGAGAACGGAUGGUUUCGGAGUAGGACGUUCUCGAGGGGCUUCAAAAGAGGGCGGGUACAUGGUGAGGGAGCUAACGUUAUGUCGUAUGUUGCAAAGUCGAGGGAGGUAGCGCAGUGGUUGGUGGCUAAAGGAGAGGACGUGGUGGUUAUCAGAGGAGUAGAAUACAAGAUGCUCUUCAAGCCUUGGUUGACUAGAGCAGAGCUGGAAGACCGGCGAAGGCAGGAGGAGGAGACGACAUUUUGGGUUACAGCAAUCAGAGUGCCUCUGAGGACAAUGUUCCAUGUUCCAGAUUUGAUAUAACAAUCGAUGGGGGCAAUUAUUUUGCAGCACCCGCCUGAACCGGAUGUCGCUCGUCCCAAGCUAAUGAAUCUCAAGUUUGAAC